UGCAGAGAUCAAAACCGCACCAGAUAACGGAAGGUGAUUAUCACCUGAGGAAGGUAACCCGUCACACAAGUACAAAGCUUUCUCUCGUGGCAGUAUCGCCGACGGGUCUGACGACGAAGAGAGAGAGAGAGAGACAGAGACAGAGAGAGAGGAAGAGAUAGUAGUUGAAUGGCUGUUGAGUACAAAUGUUGCGAAACGGAGUUCUUCAUCCAUAUACUGAUAAUUGUGCUCCUUGUGUUGUUCGCUGGUAUGAUGUCUGGGCUUACUUUGGGGCUCAUGUCUAUGAGUCUGGUUGAUCUUGAGGUUUUAGCAAAGUCCGGAACCCCCAAGGAUCGUAAACAUGCUGAGAAGAUCCUGCCAGUUGUCAGAAGUCAGCAUUUAUUGCUUUGCACUCUGCUUAUUUGCAAUGCUGCUGCUAUGGAGGCACUUCCCAUUUUUCUUGAUAGCCUGAUUUCAGCUUGGGGUGCUAUUCUGAUUUCAGUGACGUUGAUACUUCUGUUUGGUGAGAUUAUACCACAAUCUGUUUGUUCCAGGUAUGGUUUGGCUAUUGGUGCUGCUGUAGCUCCGUUUGUUCGAGUUCUUGUGUGGAUCUGUUUUCCUGUUGCAUAUCCAAUAAGCAAGUUAUUAGACUUUCUGCUGGGCCAAGGACAUGUAGCUCUUUUUCGCAGAGCUGAGUUGAAAACACUUGUUAAUAUGCAUGGUAAUGAGGCAGGAAAAGGUGGAGAACUCACCCAUGAUGAGACAACAAUCAUUGCCGGGGCACUUGAGCUUACCGAGAAAACAGCUAGUGAUGCCAUGACUCCUAUAUCUGAGACUUUUGCUAUUGAUAUUAAUGCCAAGCUUGACAGGGUUUUGAUGAAUUUAAUAUUGGAGAAAGGACAUAGCAGGGUGCCAGUCUAUUAUGAGCAACCUACAAACAUCAUUGGGCUAAUUCUGAAACCAGAAGCCAGCCCACUACCGGCGACAAAACCAGAAAUCAAAAAGCCAACCCACUAUACCCCACUACCUAGGAGCCACCGACAAACCCAGCCAUCCAGCCAGCCCUCUAUCGACCAGCCUACUGUCGAUGACAAAACCAGAAACCAUAAAAACCCUCUAGUGACCAGCCCACUGCCGGCGACAAAACCAAAAACCACAAAAACCUAACCACCGAGAACAUACCCACUAACAACCACCCAGUAAGCAAACACCGACUGCCUCCUUCCCUCAAUAAAUAAAGCACCAAUUGCCCACCAAACCCAAAAUCCCAAAAUGCCAACCCAAUAAAUAAAACCAAUAUAUCAACCCACCAAGCCUAGCCGACUGACCCAGUAUCCCUUAAACCCAACAUAUCAGUCCAAUUGACUGCCCACACCAAACCAACUGUCCCAGUCCAGCCCCAAACCCAACAUAGUACCCACUCCAGCGAACAAGCCCACUGCUGGUUCGCACUCUUUGUCACAACAUUAUGUUUUUGCCUUUUGUGUUGCUGAUUAUUUGGGACCGUAGGACCUUUUAAGAGGGGUUGAAUCCUCUUCUCUGUUGAUAUGCUCUUGAUGCAGUAGAUUAUUUAUUUAUAUUUAUUGGA